AGGAGCGAAUGUGACCUGAAUGCAGGGCAUGGCUUAAUGGGAUGAGACGCAAAACUCAUUCAAAACAGUCUCCUGAAGAGUCUGAAAUGCUUUCGCAGCCUUAGUCAUCGCAGCCAUAUGAUUUCCCCAGGCCCAGCGGACGAUAUGCGGCUGCGUUUUCCACUGUGAACACGCUUCAUCUUUGGAGCGAUGCCGUGGCUACAGUGAGAUGCGAUUUUGAGGAGGGAUGAUCAUGGAUUUAGGAUUCCGCUUAUUUCAUUAUAACGCGAGAUUGCCGCUGAUAAAGCACCAUGGAGUAACACAGUAAGUGGGCUUUGGCGAGUGAGGAGAUCAACCCUUUUGGUCUAAUGUUAGCCCGUAUCUCAGUGCUCCAAUUCUGCGUUUUUGUUGACAGAGCCCCUUGGCAAUCGGCAUUAUUUUCUCUCCGUCUGUGGCUAGUGGGGGAGGCGGAGAGAGAGCCGCGGCGGAGGGCGGCGUUUUAGCGUCAGGCUGUAGCCGCUGAACACAAAUACUGUUAAAUUUUUUUUUUUUUUUUGGAAUGAAACGUUGCUUUUGUUUUGCGAGCGGACUACCAAACUUGGGGUUCACUGCAGCAUUUUGCGUCUUUUUCUUCCGCUGCAGAUGAUACAGAGCGGCGUCCUCGCGGCACCCCACCACUGCAAUUUUUGGGCAAAGAUAAGAGUGCCGUCGUCUUGCAGUUAACGCUACGAUGGCAGCGUAGGGGGCAUCUUCUGGCAGGGGAGAAUCCGCCAAUCUACAAUGCCUUAUUAUUAGCUGAGAGCAGUGACUGGAUUUGAAACCCAGCAUCAUCCCGCGGUCCCCCCCCCCCGUUUCAAAGCUGCUGUUUACACACCAAAAAUUACUGGAAAAGCAGCGGAUCCCGAUGGCAUGGACACUUAUGCAAGGUCCGCCGCGCUGCCGUGCUACUGGAGCCUACUUGCUGUGUCUUCAUUCAACCCAGCUCCAUCGCCAUCGCCCCGCAGCCGAGAGAGCCCUGCCGCAACGCGACCAGCGACCACCGAGCCAAAGCAGGCGGCAUGAGGCUUGAUUCAGUACAUUUAUCCAUGCUGGUCAUCGGGGUCUCAUUCGCCUGCUACUCCCCGAGUUUGAAUUCCCUGCAGGACCAGGCUUACAAAUCCGCCGUGGUGAUCGAAGGCAAGGUGCAGCCUACGCCUGUGAACGUCUCCGCGGAGCCGUACCGUGUGAAUGUCAAAGUGCUGGAUGUUUGGCCUCUAAACAGCGGGGGUCUGGAGCGAGAACAGCUCGUCACCGUGGGGGAGUUUGGAUCCGAGGCUCCGUGCACCAAAGUGAAGAAAAACCACAAGUACAUUUUUUUCAUGGACCCUACUGACGAGCCCUUGGUGUUUAAGGCAUCGUUUGCGCCCCUGGACACGAGUGGAAAGAACCUAAAGAAGGAUCUUGGGAAGAUCUUGUGCGUGGACUGCGCGGGGGCUCCAAAGUUAAAACCGAUAAAGAAUCCAAUAACAGUGAACGAGAGGGAAAAGCUGGUAGUGAAGUGCGAGGCCACCGGCAAAUCCCCCCUCACCUACACAUGGUUCAAAGAUGGCAAUGAGCUGAAGAGAAGCAAAGAAGUCAGAAUAAAGAACAAGAAACACUCCAGAGUCCAGAUCAACAAAGCAAAACUGGAGGAUUCUGGGAAUUACACAUGUGUGGUGGAGAACUCGCUGGGAAAGGGCAACUCCACUGGCACCGUUAACGUCCAAAGCAGACACAGGGUCUGUCUGGUAGGCGAUGCGCCUUCUAUGGGGCUUCCAGUGAGAAAACUACUGUCAGCAACAUUAACCACUACGAUAACUCCAGACUCAGGCCACACCAAAAGAUGCAACGACACAGAUAAAUCCUACUGUGUGAACGGCGGCGAGUGUUUCUUCAUAGAGGGUGUUGAUCAGCUCUCCUGCAAGUGUCCGAAUGACUUUACUGGUGAUCGCUGUCAAACCUACGUUAUGGCCAGUUUCUACCAGCAUCUUGGGAUUGAAUUUAUGGAGGCAGAGGAACUCUACCAGAAGAGAGUCCUGACAAUCACGGGUAUUUGUGUGGCUCUGCUGGUGGUGGGCAUCGUGUGUGUGGUUGCCUAUUGUAAAACCAAGAAACAAAGAAAGAAGAUGCACAAUCAUCUGCGACAGAACAUGUGUCCAGAACAUCCCAAUCGUAACCUUGCUAAUGGACCCAAUCACCCAGGACCAGGCCCAGAGGAAAUCCCUAUGGUAGAUUACAUAUCAAAGAAUGUCCCCCCAACUGAACGAGUCAUACGGCCGGCGACAGAGGGAUCUUUUCCUGCCAGCCAUGCCUCUUCCAGAUCUCACAACUCUUCCACACGAGCCCAUUCGUCAACUCACAGACAUGAGGAGCGGACAUGGAGCCUGGAACACUCUGAAAGUGUCCUCUCCGACUCGCCGGGCAUGAUGUCAUCAUCUGUGGGGACCAGUAAAUGCAGCAGUCCCGCGUGCAUGGAGGCGCGGGCGCGGCGCGCCGCUCACUGUGGCUACUCCGAGCCCCGGCGGCCAGGCCUGCAGUACGGAGACUCCUUCGACUCGCUGGGGGACUCGCCGCACAGCGACAGAUACGUGUCUGCCCUGACAACACCAGCCCGCCUCUCCCCAGUGGAUUUCCAUUACUCCUUGCCCCCACAGGUGCCUACCUUCCAGAUCACAUCUCCCAACGCCAGCCACGCCAUGUCCCUCCCCCCCGCCGUCCACAACCCCUACCCCCCGGAGGACGACCAGCCUCUGCUGCGCCGCUACCAGGUGCCCCUCCACGACGCCCAGUGCCAGGAGCCUUACCGGCAGCAGCGCCGCACCUAUCUCAACGACAGCAGAGGGAGCCUGCCCUCCAGCCCCUACCGGCUGGCCGAGGACGAGGACUAUGAGACCACCCAGGAGUACCUCUCCUCUCGGGAGCAACCAAAGAGAAGCGGGUCCGGCGGAGCCGGCGGCAGGCGCUGGCGGAGGUCCAGACUGAACGGCCACGUGGCCCCGCGGGGGUACGAGGCAUCCCGGGAGUACGGGUCACGGAGCUGCCUAACGGAUAGCGAGUCGGAGGAGGACGGCGAGAGCACGCCCUUCCUCAGUAUGCAGAACAUGAACGCCGAGCCCUCCACCAUCUACAGGCCAGCGGACAGUCGGACUUCUCACUCGUCGGGGCGGCACAGUGGGAACAUGCACACGAGACUUACACACUCACACUCCAAACCGGACAAUACACCCCAUUAAAGAGUGAAAAUGAACCAACGAAAAUCAAUAUAGUAUAGACAUACAUCUAUAAGAAAUAUUUUUAUUUUAUAUAACUGACAUAUAUUCUAAACAAAUGAAAUAUUUAUUUUCAUUUUAGCAAAAGUUGUCUACUAGUUAACAGCAAAGACUUUUUUAUAGGGAAAACUCUAUUUAUAUGUAAAUUUUGAUUUACAGCAUAAAAAGAUGUGCCAGUUUUUUCACGACGUAAAAAUAGAGUAAUAUUGUGGUGCCUUUUGCUGUAUGCCGAUGCCAGAGGGCCAGUGGAGGUUUUUGUAGCCUUUCUUAUAUGGACGCCUCAUUUUUUAUACACAUUUAUGUUUGAUUUUCCUCUCUGGUUUCCUGUUUGACUUUCCUUUCCGAGUUGCAUUCUAUGAGGAGUCUCACGCGACUGGAACAUAAGCCCUUUCCAUGUCACGCAAUAUAAACCAUUUCAACAUAAAGCGUAUGUUUACAUUAAUCUGAUUCGCCUGUAGGGUCUGUGUUUCGGGAUUUAAUAGGACGCCUAAUGAAUAUAAUGUAAAUCCUUUUUUGCCCUCUGACUGUCUACCAAGAAAACGAGUGGGUCAGCGACUGUGUGUGAGUGUGUUUGUGUAUGCGUCUUGCUUGCAUGUAUUUGUGAUCGUUAGGUGAAUUUCAUAGUUGCUCGUGGUACCAUCACACACGUGGGUCCGGCCCGAGUGCAGGUGGACACGUGAAGCUGCUGUAGGGUCGUAUGUUAUGCAGGUCAUUGCUUGGUGUGUUUACAGCUAUUCGGGCCACACCCCCCCAGUAACCCUUUUGUUUCCCAACAGGCUUUUUUACACCUUAGCCUGUUAGGAGUCUGACACACACUGAGCCGCUUGGCACAGGUUGACCCUUUGCCAUCGGAGGUGGUGGCAAAACUACUAAAGAUUGCAUCUGUUUCCACUCAUCCCACGCCUCAUCACCUGUCUGUGUCCAUUCUGUUUUGUGGCUGAAGGGCCACACAGUGUCUCAGGAUUUUCACCCCCCCCAAAACUCACACACACACACACACACCCUCCCUCCAUCCUCCCUCUUUAAACCCCGUUCACCCACUUCCUCAAGUGAAUGUCUACCUAAGACCGAGGCCCUCGGCUGUCGAGGGCCUUAACGUUAACAUCCACUCCACCAGUUUCCUGAAUGCUCCCAUGCAGAGAGUAGAAAAGCCAAGUGGAAGCAGCUCAGUGGCGAAUGUGCUCGACAAUAGAAAUGAAAUAGCUGUGAAACUUUGGAGGAUCAUAUAAUGCAAAAAUAUGCAAACUUUAUAUUUUGCUGUUACAUCAUUUUCUAAGAGACGACUGUAGUGUGUUGUGUGUGAAAACCUAUGUGAUGCCUAUAGUGUAUAAUGAACUAUCAUGAUAUAAAUGCAUAUUUACAGUACGUGGAGUUAUUUUUUAAAACCAUUAUGCAGCCAUCUAUUAUGUUGUCAGCCUUUCUUGUUUACAUACUCAUGUCCAUUGAAUGAUUGUGUCCAUUAAUUAUUUUGUCACUUGUUUUAGACUGCUCCACUUUACAUGCACACGUCCGAAUAAUAAUGUCACAUAGCAUCCAAAUAGCACCUCCUCCGAUAGUACUGUGUACUGCUUCGUCUUGUUGACAGGUCUAGUCAUUUCAAAUAUCCAGUACAUCAAUAAAAAUGAUUUUAAAAAGUCAACAGAAUCAUUUAAACCCGUCUGUCCUCAAUCGGAGAAUGAGUAGAUAUUUAAAGGGUAUUGUAAUGUUUUGGGUGAGAGGGGACGGUUCACGAUGUCCAUCACAGCUUGUUAGAAAUGAUCCAGAUGCGGAAUUAUCAGAUGAUUAUUGCUCAAAUAAAUUAAAUUAUUCAAAGAUCUGCAAUUGUAUCUGCUACAGUGCUGUCAAUGCACAGUGCUCUUGUUUUGGUCACACGUCACCUGGAUCUGAUUUUGUGCACCUCUGUUUAAGUGUGACGCCCCCUCACUUUGCCAGUCCUCUCACCCACUCUACACGCUACUAGUCACGCCCUGAUGCUCUUUUCUCUUUGGUUUUAAGACCAGACCCCCCCCCCCCAGCCCGAGCCAACCCCCACACCCAACCCCACCCUCGCUUGAAAAAUGUUUGAACACCUCUCCUCUGCAUGUCCUUGUGGUCAAGGUUAGAUGGGUGCAUGGUUAAAAAAAAAAAAAGCAGCAGACAAUUCUUUUUCAGUCAGUGAAAGUGUAUUUCAUUUAACAUUAAGCAAUAAAAGAGAACCUUUCCCCAUGUCAUCCCUGAAAUAUGCUAGAAAAAAAGAAACCUGCGAGAUUGUCAUAGAUUGUAAAAUACAAUGAAUCCACUUGUUCAUAUGAGAAAAUAAAUCUUUAUUCAUAUCA